AGCUGCCAGUCGUUUAAGGAAAUUUUCACUUUCCUUCACUGCUGGUAGUGCGAAGAGCCUGAGAAGACUUUGGUUAACUAAACCACACGCCAACUAAGCUUUUCCUCAGGUUACAUCGUGCUUCAGCUCAUCCACCGUGUGAAACUCCCAACAAGCACCCCACCUGUCAAUUUUAUUCUUUAACCAAGCCAACCUAAAGCCUUAAAAUGAUGCAGAUCAGCAGCGACUCGGCCAGCAACAAGCACUCUCUCAUCAACGUCAUGCACCGCUUCAUAGCAGCAGCCAACAACAUGGACGAGACCAUCAUGGUGCCCAACCUGCUGCGAGACGUGCCUCUGGAGGAGCAGGCCAACGCUGCUGAGGUGGAGACAAACAACAAUCUUGAACUGUCCUGUCCAAACAAGCAGAGGGACAUGUAUGAGCACUACCUGCUCCUCAAGUCCAUAAAGAAUGACAUGGAGUGGGGUUUGCUGAAGAGGGAGAUGAGCAGCGGCGCCAGCUUCCUGGAGAUGGCGGUGAAGCAGGAGGAACAGCAGCCGGUCACCGGAAACCUGCCCCUCGACAACAACUCAGACCUGGAGCAUCAGUUUCACUAUCACCUCAGGGGACUGUUUGGAGUGCUGUCCAAGCUCACGCUGCAAGCCGACCACCUCACCAACAGAUACAAGAGAGAAAUCGGAGGAGGAAACUUCAUGAGAUAGAAGUCCCUACUUUUCCUCCUUUUUUGACCUUGUUACUGUCCUUUUCCCUGCUUGACUUGCACAUGGGCUGUGUUGAGAAGGGUCCAACAUUUCUAUCCAAUAGAUCUCAAUGGACAGUAGACUGACCAGGCUAACCACUUUGUGACUUCUCUCACUCCUGAUUAGCGACACUCCGACUUCCCUUUUUUUUUUGUUCCCAAACUGACCUGAAGCCAGUGAUACCUGCACAGGUGCCUCUGUCUCAGUGCAGAGGUCAACCCUCAGUGCACGGUGGAGGUUUUAUUAAAUCAAAGUCCAGAUGAAGCGUAGCUCUGGUUAAUGCAGAAACCUCCCCCCCCCCCCCCUCCUUUUUUGGUCUUUCAUUUUCAAGUUUAGAGCUAAAUUUGUCACCAGAUUGUGGAGAAGAGAGG